AUGGAGACACGUCGUCGACGACGCGACGAGGAUCAGGAGCGGCGCCGCGGUUCGCCUCCACAUCGCGUGAGAGGCAGGCCGCGACGCGAGCAAGUUCGUCGUGAAGAAACCGAUCAGUUAACUCCUCCUCCACCACCACCUCCACCUCCUUCUCCAUCGCCUCCGUUACCUUCUCCGCCAACUUCACCGAAGCAGCAGAGAUCACCAACGCACUCACUCGGAGCUUCGGGGGAGGAGACUCCGGCACCGCAGGCACCGAUCUCCGACCAAGAUUGGAGGCGCUUGAUCCGUAGCGUUGACGAUAUACGGCAGCGAAACGAUUAUUUACAAGAACAGCUAGAAUAUUAUCGUUCCGAGCAGCAGGAUGAAGGGGAGCGCGAAGCGGAGGCCGUAGCUGAAUUCGAGCCGUUCUCAGCGGCAGUGAGGGAGGUUGCCAUACCAAAUAAAAUGAAAAAUAUUGUCCUUGAAACCUAUAGCGGGAAAGCUGAUCCCAAGGAGCACCUGUUAUAUUUCAAGACAAAGAUGGUGAUCAGUGCCGCUUCCGACGAUGUGAAGUGCAGGAUGUUUCCAACUACGUUCAAAGGCACAGCCAUGGCGUGGUUUACCACGCUACCCCGAGGAUCCAUUACUAAUUUCCGUGACUUCUCAUCAAAAUUCCUUGUUCAGUUUUCCACAAGUAAAACCAAGCAAGUGACAAUCGAAGAUCUCUACAACGUCCGCCAAUCUGAGGGCGAGACUCUAAAGCAGUACGUAAAACGAUUCAGCGCGGCAUCAGUAAAAAUUGAGGAGUCAGAGCUGCACGCCUGUGCGCGUGCCUUCAAGAACGGGUUACAGCCGAGGAAGCUGAAUAGCAAGAUGAGCCGCAAGCCGGCUCAGUCCAUGGCGGAGAUCCGGACGCGAGCAAACACCUACAUUCUAGACGAGGAGGAUGAUGCUUUCAAGAGAAGGCGCGCAAAAAAGGAGAAAGACGGCGAACAGGAGGACGCUUUGCCAGAAGAGAAACAGAGUAAGGAGAGAGGAGAGGGCAGCAAAAAGCGAGACAGGAAGGUGAGGACAGGAGAGAAGGUUGCGAAGGAAUCGUUGUACCCCAAGAAGGAAAAUUUUGAGCGCCGCAGACCGUGA